AGCCGCAAGAAGGGAGAUAGCCGCUGCCAUUUUCUUCAAAACGCAGACCUGGUUUUUUGGUCGAUCGGAGGUCCAAAUCUUGUCCGAUCGAGCUGAAAUUUUUGGAGGAGCCUAAGGACUCGUGGAGCUUCAAUCUGAACGGUGGAGAUCGAAUUUCAACGGUUCAAUCUCAAGUUAUGAGCUUCGCACCAGCUGCUGUUUUUUGGUGAUGUCUUGCACUUUUGUUCAUCUAUUUUGAUUCUAGUGCCUUCGUAGUGUUGUUAAGGGCUAGAUAUCAUUGUGGUGCUGUUAUAUUGUGCAUUUGUACUCUCAAUUUGGUGGUAGUGGAGUUGGUUGGACCGAAGGGUCUCGUGGUUUUUACUCUUUCACAUUGAAAGGGUUUUCCACGUUAAAAUCUCGUGCCUCAUAUUGUUUUAUUUUCGUGUUUGGAUUAUCUUGUUGCUUGGUGUUCUUUGGUGUGUUUGUUGCUCCUCAUAGAUUCAUUCAAGAGGGAAAGGUGUUGAUCUUGGGCACUACACAUUCAUUUGUGUUCUUGCUUUCCCAACAAGUGGUAUCGGAGCGCCGGAGUAAUCUGUUAUUUGUCUGGAUUGAAUGAUGGAGCCAAAUUACAGCAGGAUGAUCAGUUUGAAUGGAACAAAUUAUCACAAAUGGAAGGGUAAAAUGAAGGAUUUACUCUUUGUGAAAAAGCUGCAUCUACCAGUGUUUGCUACUCAGAAGCCAGAGUCAAAAAGUGAUGAAGAGUGGGCUUUUGAACAUGAAAUGGUUUGUGGUUUCAUUCGUCAGUGGGUAGAUGAUAAUGUUCUGAAUCACAUCUACAAUGAAUCUCACGCUAGAUCUUUGUGGGACAAGCUUGAAUCCUUGUAUGCAUCAAAAACAGGGAAUAACAAGCUAUAUUUGCUUAGGCAAGCUAUGAAUCUGAGAUUCAAGGAAGGUUCUUCUAUUUCUGACCACUUGAAUGAAUUUCAAGGGUGUUUUGAUCAGUUGUCAGACAUGGGUGUAAAGUUUGAGGAUGAGAUUUUGGGACUUUGGUUGCUGAAUACUUUGCCUGAUUCUUGGGAAAAUCUUCGCGUGUCUUUGAUUAGUUCUGCUCCUGGUGGUUCAGUAACUAUGGAGUAUGUCAAAGCUGCCGUUCUGAAUGAAGAAGUGAGACGCAGAACUCAUGAGACAUCUACUUCAAAAUCUGAUGUCUUGGUUACUGAAAAUAGGGGGAGAAGCAAAGACAGAGAUCAUGGAGAAUUCAAAAGGGGCAAGAGCAGGAGCAAGUCCAAGUCAAAAUACAAAAAUGUUGAGUGCCAUUAUUGUCAUAAAAAGGGGCACUUAAUGAAAAACUGCUUCAAGCUGAAGAACAAAGACAAGAAUAAGCCAGAAGGGAAAGAUGGUGAAAAUGAUCGUCAUGUUGCUACCACGACUUCGGGUGAUCUGAUAGUUGUUUCUGAUAACGACUUGAUUAAUGUUGCCUCUGAUGAAUCAAGUUGGGUUAUCGAUAGUGGUGCCGCUUUCCAUGUGACGUCAAGGAAAGAUUUCUUCACAUCUUAUACUUCAGGUGAUUAUGGGGUAUUGAAGAUGGGUAAUGAUGGUCGUUCACAGGUUGUUGGCAUUGGUGUUGUUGUCCUGGAAACCAAAACUGGGAUGAAGUUAGUGUUGAAGAAUGUCCGACAUGCACCAGAUAUUCGCUUGAAUUUGAUAUCUACUAGUGUCUUGGAUGAUGAAGGUUAUAUGAGUACCUUUGGUGAUGGGCAAUGCAAACUCACUAAGGGUUCUCUUAUUGUGGCUCGUGCGAAGAAGUGUUCAGGUUUAUACUGGACCAAUGCUUCAGUCUCUAUUGAUUCUGUCAAUGCAGUCGAGAGUGAUAGUUCUUCAGAAUUAUGGCAUAGAAGACUCAGUCACAUCAGCGAGAAGGGUCUUGAUUGUUUAGCCAAGAAGAAUGUUCUUUCAGGGGUGAAAGAUGCAAAUUUAAAAAGAGUUGAAAACAGAGCUUAGUAAGUCUUUUUCUAUGAAGGAUU